AUGAAUGAAAGGUACUCUCCCCUCCUCAAGCCGCAGCUAACCGGCCGCGUCGCCGACGCGCUCGUGCUCGCGACGAGCGAGGCUGACGUCGUCGCGUCGCUCGCCGCGGCAGUCAGGCACCGCGUCUUCGUCACGACGCGCGGCGCGGGCACCGGCAACUACGGGCAGGCCGCCCCGCCGCCCUCCUCCUCCGCCCUUUGCGACCUCGAGCCCCCUCUGUAUUUCCUUUUUGCAAGCUGUGUUUCUUUUUUCAUAGGCGUCAAGCUUUGCGACCUCGAGGACCACGCGCGCCAGCACGGCUGGGAGCUGCGGCAGCACCCGAGCACGCGUCGCACCGCCUCGGUUGGCGGCUUCGUGGCGGGCGGAUCGACGGGCCACGGGGCACUGCUGCACGGCGGCUUGUCCGAGGCCGGCGCGCCGCUCGGCUCAGACGGCGCGGUGCUUGGCCUGCGCGUCGUCACGGCGGAGGACCAGACGCCGCGCGUGCUGGAGCUGAGCGGACGCGACGUCUUCCCCGUCGUCCACGCCUACGGCACCAACGGCGUGAUCACGUCGGUGGAGCUGCCGCUCGCGCGCGCGCAGGCGUGGAGCGACGUCACGGCCGCCUUCCCGUCCCUCGACGCCGCCGCGGCGUUCGCGCUCGAUGUGGCCAACGCGCCCGCGGUCGUGAAGCGCGGGAUCAGCGUCUUCCAGGCCCCGAUCGCGCACAACGCUCACGGACGCGACGGUGCGAUGGCGGCCGGCGGCGACGCGCGCCACGUGGCUAUGGUGCAGUGCUCACCUCCAGGGGUUGGCCCAGUCGAGCGGCUCUGCGCGGAGCACGGAGGGCUGACGACGCGCGUGGUCAAAGCGACGGAGGCACCGCGGCCGAUGUACGAGUUUGGCUGGAACCACACGACGCUGCACGCGCUGCGGGCCGACAAGUCGGUCACCUACCUGCAGUGCGUGCUCGAGCCGUCGUCGGCGCUCGGGCUGCUCCGCCGCGUGUCGGAAGAGUUCGACCCGUCCGAGCUGCUGCAGCACCUCGAGGUGGUCAACUUCGGAGGCCGCGCGGGCUUCGCCUCGCUCGCGCUGCUCUGGCCAAAGGGCGAGACUGGGGAGGCCGCCAACCAGCGGCUGCGCGAGAUUCUCUCGUGGCACGAGGCCAAUGGCAUCCCCGUCUUCGACCCGCACACGCACGUGCUCGAGGACGGCGGGAUGAAGGUGACGGACUGGGCGCAACUCGGCUUCAAGCGGCGCGUCGACCCGCACGGCCUGCUCAACCCCGGUAAAAUGCGAGCCUGGGAAGAGCAGAGCGCCACCGCCGACACCUCCGACCCCCGAGGCGCCUUCGCUGCCUCGUACCGCAUCGCUGACACUUCGGCCGUUGGCAGUGGUCCGAACGUCGCCACCUCCGCCACCGCCGCCGACGCGUCCUCCACCGCCGCCGAUUCUUUCGGCACGCACGCCAGCAGCCCCGGCUCGGGGCGCCGUCGGCCCCGCUCGCGCCUGUGGGGGGAGUGGAGCACGGCGGACUUUGCGGAGGCUGACCUCUCGCAGGCGGUGAGAUAG